AUAAUCUAACCCGAAAUAAAAGCGUCGUAUAAAUUUUCGGCGGACAGUAUUCUGAAAUAAAUUUUUAUAGAUUCCGUCUCUUUUCGCUAAAAUGCUUUCCAGACGCAAAAACAACGAAAUGGAAAUUGAUGUCAUGUUGGACGAGCCGUUAACUAGUGAUUCGUGUACAAAAGUAGUGAUCGAACUUAUAAAAUACAUUUUAUAUCAAAAAGAACAAAUACCAUUUACGUAUGAAGCAUUAACUCAGUUUCAAACAACCGUAAAGGCAACAGACAGAAAUGCACUUUCCUUCAAAACUUUAUCGAAUACGUUAAGGAAUGUCUCAGAUCAUUUAUCUUCACAAUUCUUCCUCAAGGAUUGUGAUAUAAAAGAAGUUGCUAUUCUACUUGGUGCUACGAUAAUAUCACCAAAGCUAUGCAUUGGGAUAGAACUUCCUUCUUAUGUUCUCAAUAGCAAGCAACAUAAAGAAUAUCAACAUCAACAUUCUUCCAAAAAACCACUUUUAAAACUUAUGAGGUCUAUGUUGGAAUGUAAAGAGUUUCAAGAAGCUAUGAAUAUUCCUUUAAAUGUGACAAAUAUGUUUAUCAUGCUGAAAAAAAGAGAUACUAAUAAAGUAUCAGAGUUUUUCCUACCUAAACCACAAUACAAAUCACAUAUGCAAAAUACAAGUUACUUCAAGAUUAAACUGUGCCAAGAAGAUCUCGUGGAUAUGCAAUGUAAUUGCAGGACUCUUGUCAAAGUAUAUCGUGACUCAUGUGAGGAACACUUGGAAGAUGAUGAUGAUGAUGUGCAAUAUACUCAAUAUAAUAGUUCAACUCAAUCUUCAUAUCGAUGGUAUCAAUCAAAACAAAUUAUAAAAGGAUUUAAAUUUUAUCCAUGACAAGAAUUUCUUAAUUAUGAUAAUUGUAAAG